AAAUCAAUCUCGGUUUGCGCCAACCCACCGCUGUAAGAAAAUUCCCAUCGAUGGGUUGAAGAUGUGUCGUGAAAUAUGACUGUACAGAAGUUAAAAACCUUGCUUUUUCAAAGACAGUCAAUGCAGUACUGGCAAGCAACUUGACUGAAUCGACAAAGGUUUACAUCACAUCGAAGAGGCUAGUUUAUGAAGAUAAUAUAGGGACAGAGAAUGUAGAGAAUUGACAUUGGCGCCUAAAGAACAAGGUCUCCUGUAAUCCUUGACAGAAUAUAGAUGUCUAAGAAAUAUCUAGAACUAUUACUACAUCAAAACAAACACAAUAGAUAUUUCUGAAUGACACGUUCGGUUCUAAUAAGUUAAUGUUACUAGAAGCUAUGAACGACAGCCCAUUGUUCAGGAAUAUGAUCAGGGCGUAGCGGAUUUCGAGCUAUUGUGAGCCAUAAAAAGCUAAAGUCUAGAAUUGUCCUGCUGCAAGUAGGUAUACUAGAACUUUAAAAUGAGACAUGUUGUGAAACGGCGGAUAAAAGUGUAUUGCGACUACUUAAACCAAUUGUCAUUGAAACACCGAGAGAGGAUCGGCGACUAUUCUCUUUCAAUCUUGAACCAAACUUGCUGGUAUAAAUCAAAUUAAUCAUGUCGAGAUCUAGUCGACGGUAUAAGUCCACACAGGCAAACAACGGCGGCGCAGUCCCAGGAUGUGACCGAAUGCGGAUGCCUCGAGCCCGUGUACUGGUCUUCUGUCUCCUCGGUGUGUUGACUCUGGCCGUUGUGUUGGGGUUGUACCUAGCCAACGACCCGAACAUCAGCAGGUUCAACAGAGCCCCGUUUGCGGACCUAACCAAAGACAAGUUCUCCCACAAGCCCAGUAAGUCCUCUCCCGCCCAAGUGCGUCGCCUGGCGUCCCAGGUGGACGGUGCUCGUCUCUGGGAGACCUACCUGAGACCCAUCCUGGUUGAGAGACUACCUGGCUCCAAGGGUAGCCAGGUUGUACGCCAGCACAUCACUUCCACCUUCUACUCCCUCACCGCUGGUUGGACUGUAGAAAUGGACUCAUUUUCCUCUCCGAAGACCCCCAGGGGUCAGGUGACCUUCUCCAACAUCAUCGCAACCCUCGACCCCUCUGCCCCGCGGCGCCUGCUGCUGACCUGCCACUACGACUCCAAGGCUCUGCCCCCGGAUCCCCGGGCCCCUCACAGGGUGUUCCUGGGGGCCAGCGACUCGGCCGUGCCCUGCGCCAUGAUCCUGGAGCUGGCCACUGCGCUGGACGAGCAGCUACGGAUCCUCAAACAGCAGGGCCCAGCAGUGACUCUCCAGCUGGUGUUCUUUGAUGGCGAGGAGUCAUUUGAGGAAUGGACCGACACUGACUCCCUGUACGGCUCACGACACCUGGCUGAGCGCAUGGCACGAACACCCCACCCCCCUGGCUCCACACACACCACCCAGCUGCAGGCCGUGGAUCUCUUUGUUCUAUUAGAUCUGCUUGGAGCACCAGAUCCUCUGAUUGUCAACCACUUUGACAACACCGCCCGAUGGUUCGACCGCCUCAUCUCUGCUGAGAAGCGCCUCCACAGACAGGGUCUUCUAACCUCCCACCCCUCUGAGCAGGCUUACUUCAGGAAGGAUGUGUACUUUGGCCCCGUUCAGGACGACCACAUCCCCUUCCUAAACAAAGGUGUCCCCGUGCUCCACAUCAUCGCCACCCCAUUCCCCUCCUUCUGGCACACUCUGGAUGACACCGAGGAGAACAUGCACCGGCCCACGGUGGAAAACCUCACCAGGAUCCUGGCCGUGUUCCUGGCAGAGUACCUGGGCUUCUAGCCCCCACCUGUACCGGGCCGGAACGCUUCCUGGACCCGGCCAUCCCACAGAGCUGCUAGACCUGAGAAGGUUGGCUCACGGAACAGAAGGUUGCCUGGGGCCUCCUCUCACCUCGGCCGAGGCCAGGAACUCAGCGUUCCAGGACUUUGAGGAGCCCACUUCAGCCUAAAUACGGGCCUAAAUCUCUGCCUCCUUAACAAAUGGACCAGAAGACGAGAUGAUUCUGAGAGGCAGGUUGGGUUGGUACCUUGGUUCAGAUCGUCUCUGGGAUUUAGAAUACACACAUAAACAUUCAGACUCAUAAACAUUCAUACAUACGGAAAUCCUCAGUUGUGUCUCAUAUGCAUACUGGAAGUCAGGGUGGAGCACUGACGGGUGUGUUAGAAGCUUGAGCCACGGAAGAUCUUCUCUGGUAACUUGUGAAGAAAAACUGCUGGAGAUACAUGUCUGUUAGUUAAGUGUGUUUGUGUGAACUGUUGAAUAGUCUUACAAUAUCAUUGAGCCUUACCUUGUGUGUGCGUGUGUGCGUGUGCGCGUGCGUGCCGUUGUGUGUUUGCACGUGCGCGCGUAUGUACCAGUUCUCAUGUCAGUAUCCUUGUGAUUGUGUAUUUCUCCUGCUGACCCGGGGUCAUAUGCAAUAAGCUCCCUGAGCCGGUGAGGAGGUUGUGGCCUUACUUUCAGGCCUGCAGAGCCUGCUACCAUGUCUGUCCAUGUGAUGAGGUUUAACCAUGACAUGGACACAUAAAUCCUUAUGUUUCCUGCCUUCACUAAUAUCUGAGUAGCUGGCACCCUUUAUCAUAGGGCUCUAACCCUACACUUAGAGAGACGCCUUACUGAGGGUUAUCUCUCCUUCCCUGCAUCUGGAGAGAUGCCUUCCUGGAGGUCAGGUUGGAGCAGAUACCCUGCAGGAUGGUGCCUCUCUGGGAACAGGGUUGGAAAGCCCAGCUUCAAUGUCUGUAAACUUCUCAAUCUGCUCCUCCCACAUAUUUAACCAGUAAAAUAGUAAGAUGUGGUGAAUAAAUUUUUUGUCAAUUCCAGUUCAAAAUAAUUGUAUUGUGUUGAUUUAACAUGUAGACAGGGUCUGAAAAUUGACAGACAUUUAUUCAACAAUAAAA